GACAAAAGACUCCAAAAUUUGAAAGUUUGAAAUUCUAAUUACGCUAAUACUAAAGAGGAAGAAAAGAGAGAAACUCCUCUUUGGAAAGCAAGCGAAUGCUCGCAGCCGGAGCCUGGAUUGUCUUUUUUGUUAACAUUAAUACAGAAAAAAAUCGAAGUGUAUUGGUUGUUUUCGGUGUUUGGAUCUAACUUUGGUAUUACUUAUAAAAAUUUUCCACCCACGGGUGUCUCUCCGUCUUCAUUACGGAAAUGAUUAUGAAUCUUGUGUGUGAUGGUCGUCAUGCACAUAAUUGAUUGCUCAACUCCUUCUUCCCCUGCAGACAAGAAUAAGAAUUCAUGUCGAUCGCCACACGCACUUGCUCGUAACCGUAGCCGUAGAUGGCGUCACAGUCGUACCGGCACUGCUGCCGUUGUGGUGGCGGCACUGCUCGUUUCAACCACCGCCUGGCUCUCUCUUGUAUUCUCCGGCACCACCGUCCGUUGCUGGCACCGUUUAAGGAAGUGGGAAGGCAGCCCCCGCACACUUUCCGGGAAGAGGCUACCUUCAAUCACUGAUUCGUUUGAUCACCGCUUACCUAUUGUGACACCGACCGCUCAGGUCUUUUCUCGUCCUCAUUUAUUCCAAUCGGGCCGCAAUCGCAGUCUUUCUGAGGAGAAGCAUAGGGGAAAUGACUUGUCACUCAAGCACAUAAUGUUUGGCAUAGCGGGAUCCUCGCAGCUAUGGAAUCGGCGCAAGGAGUUCGUGAGGCUGUGGUGGCGACCAAAUGACAUGAGGGGCUACGUCUGGCUAGAAGAGCCCGUGGCUAAACAGGAUUGGGACGAUUCCUUACCCUCAAUCAUGAUUUCUGAGGACACUUCCCGCUUCCGAUACACAAAUCCUACCGGUCAUCCUUCGGGACUCCGGAUCUCCCGUAUUAUCUCCGAGAGUUUUCGCCUGGUAUCGCCCGAUGUCAGGUGGUUCGUUUUGGGCGACGACGACACCAUUUUCAAUGCGGACAAUUUGGUUGCUGUUCUCAGCAAGUAUGACUCCUCUGAGAUGAUCUACAUCGGUGCUCCUUCCGAAAGCCAUUCUGCCAACACCUAUUUCAGUCACUCUAUGGCCUAUGGUGGUGGGGGAAUUGCCAUAAGUUAUCCACUGGCUGAGGCUCUUUCAAACAUUUUGGAUGACUGUCUCGAGAGAUAUCAUAUACUCUAUGGAAGUGAUGAUCGGCUACACGCCUGCAUUUCUGAGCUUGGAAUUCCUUUGUCCAGAGAACAAGGGUUCCACCAGUGGGAUAUUAGAGGCAAUGCUCAUGGUCUUCUAUCCUCACAUCCGAUUGCACCCUUUGUAUCCAUUCAUCAUGUUGAAGCCGUCGAUCCAUUUUACCCUGGCAUGAGCUCUUUGGAUAGCUUGAAGCUCUUCACCAGAGCCAUGCAUGCUGACCCCUUGAGCUUUUUGCAGCGAUCAAUCUGUUAUGACCAUGAAUACCACCUAACUUUUUCUGUCUCACUUGGUUAUGUUAUUCAAGUGUUUCCAAACACUGUGCUUCCUCGUAUACUUGAGCGCUCAGAAAGCACCUACUCUGCUUGGAAUGGGAUUAGCUUACGGAAUGAAUUUGAUUUAGAUACUAGGGAUCCUCACAGAUCUAUUUGUAAAAGGCCCGUACUCUUUUUCUUGAAAGAUAUAGCAAGAGAAGGCAACAACACCCUUGGUUCUUAUACAAGGGCCAGAAUGAAAGAUGAUUUGAAAAGGAAAGUUUUCUGCUUUCCACGCUCUCCUCCUCUGCCUUAUGUGGAGAAUAUUCAGGUGUUGGGGUAUCCUACGGCAAAGAAUUGGCAUUUGGUACCACGCCGUCUUUGUUGCAAACUGAAUCGAUCAAGUGAUGAACUGCUAACAAUCUCAGUUGGGCAGUGUGGAAUGGAAUCUUUGGGUUCUUUUAUUGAUUCUAUCUGAAUGCGGAUGGCUGGUGGCUCUCAUUUUACUUUCUAUUAUUAUCCCGAAGAUUAAUAUGCAGUUGAAGAGGGGUCUUCACAUUCUUCUCUAAAUUAUUUGGCAUCAUUGAUUUGACUUCUUGCAGUGGCUGUUAUCAACUGACAUCUGGCAUUUUGAAAAUCAUUCUAACAGAUUGCAGAUAUGGUAGUGCUUUAUUCUAUACAGUUGAGUUAGGAUGAGCUUGCAAACCUUCACCACAUGGACUGCAUUCUUUGCCUUCUUUUUUGUUUGAAGGUAAAUAAUUAUAGACUGACAUCUAAUUUUGGGAAUUGCUAGUGAGAUGAGUGGAAUUUCUAUUUUUAGUUUACAUGUGAAUUGCAAAAAUUCAUUUUUCUUUGCUCUUUUUUUGCCAAAAUUUUUCAUUGCUCUUGGUAUAUAUUGUUAUUGCAUCUUUGUAUUGACUAUUUUUUUUUGUAACUUCAGCUCUGUGAAAUGCUUCUGUUUAAGCUGACAGACCUUGUUGUGCCAUUAACCCAACUUAGUAUGAAUCCACCUACUAUUAUUUUUAAGCUUUA